AUGAAGAAAGCAAAAAACGUAAAGAAGAUUAAGAGCUAUCCUUUCUUGUUAUCUUUUGCACCUCUUAAUAAUCUUAUUGACCAUCAUGUUAAAGACAAGCAGUUACUUAUUCACUGUCCUCCAGAAUGCAUUGGCCUGCCAGUGCAAAUUUAUUACGACAUUUUUAGUCAGUUCCUGCGUGAUUACCAUAAUGAAGAUCUAGAAACGAGAGAGCAUUAUGAAUGGACCCUUGAGUUCAUUAAUGGAAUGGCUGAAAUAUACUGCAAUAAUUCUUCAAAUGAUAGUGUAUUGGAAUCUAACGUCUUUUCAAAAAGUGUUUUACACUUUCUUGUUGAAAUGAAAAAUGAAAUUGGUACUAGUAGCUGUGAUCCAACUAUUCAGGCUACUGGACCAUGGGUGUGUAUUUUAGGGGCAGUAUAUGUUGAGAAACCCAUUAUAGAUCCCUUGAUGGACUUUAUACCUCUUAUUCCCACAAACAAUCGAGCCCAUACGAAGCGAGCGGGUGAAAAAUUAUUGUUAAGUUUGCAUGGCAGUAUAAUUGUAGAGCACACGAACUAUGUAGCGAAAUUGGAAAAGCACCAAAAUUACUCUACAUUAACAAAGAGAUGUCGUGAUGAAUAUAAAAUGAUUUUAAGAGAUGUCAAAAAAGCUAUAGACAAAUUACAUAAGGAGAAUAUUGUUUUUGCUGACCUCUGUGAUUCCAACAUUUUAGUUAAUAAAUCUAAAGGUAAAGAAGAAAUCGAGUGCUAUCCAACUUUCAUGAAUCAUAAACAUAUUAAUUGGCUACCAGGGGCUGAAGAUAGGAGGAAACUGAAUUGUAAACAUGAUGUUUAUUGGUUGGAGCUGUUGAAAUCUAAAUACUUGGGUGAGAAUGUAGACCUCGAAUGA